UAGGUCAUUGUUUAAACACUCGUGGAAUUCUGGUAACUUUUUUAAUUUUUUAAACGUCUUCGUUAUAUUCUAUUCUAAGCAUGGCUUUAUGGGGAAAGGGAGAUCCAAGAUGGAUUGUUGAGGAAAGACCAGAUUCUACAAAUGUAAACAACUGGCACUGGACUGAGAGAGAUGGAACAGCGUGGUCCAAAGAAAAACUAAAAGAAUUAUUUCUAAAUGUUAAAGAUGAAUGUGACGAAGGAUCAUGGGCUGUUAAUGAAGUAAAAACAUUGGAAGGAGAAGCAACUAUAAAUAACAGAAAAGGGAAAUUGAUAUUUUUUUAUGAAUGGAUUGUCAAAUUAGGUUAUAAAGGUAAACUAGCAGAUUCUGAAUUAGAACAUAGUGGGAACAUUCACAUACCAAACUUGAGCGAUGAGAAUACUGCUGAUGAUGUAGAUGUUGAAAUAACUGCCAAAGGUGACUCAAAAAAUGCUGAAAGGUUGAAGCAAAUUGUUCGAAGGACUGGAAUUAAACUUUGUCGAGAGAAAUGUCAAAAUUAUAUAACAGAUCUUAAAACUGAAUAUUCAGCUGGUAUGGUUUUACCAACAAAAAACGAAAACACAAACAAGAACUCAAACACUAACACAAGUAAACAAACAGCGGUUAGUAAAGAUAUGAAGGAUUUAAAAUUUGAUGAUAAUGUUCCAAAAAAGCAGCCUUCCUGCCAUUUUUCUUUAAAUCUAUCGGAAGAAUUCAAAACAACAGCGGAUGAAUUAUAUGCAACUCUAACUUUGGCUGAGAGGUUGUCCGCAUUUACCCGUUCCCCAUGCACCUCUGACCCUUCGCCUGGUGGAACAUUUUCUGUUAUGAAUGACAACAUAAAUGGAUCAUACGUCGAAUUAAUACCUGCUAAAAAGAUCGUUCAAAAGUGGCGAUUCAAGGAAUGGCCGUCUGACGUUUUUUCUGUGGUUACCAUCACCCUCGAACAAAAAUCCGACUGUACGAUGUUGAGACUUUCGCAAACAGGUGUGCCUGAUUACGACACCGUUCGAACCGAGGAAGGCUGGAAACAACAUUUCUGGGGACCCAUCAAACAAGUGUUUGGUUUUGGAGCACAGCUGUUUUAGUAAUUUAUAUUUAGAUGUUUAUAGAAAAGAUUACUUACAGUGGUGCUAAGUGAUUUUUAUAAACUGUUGAAAUAAAAUGAGGUGAAUGUAAAAAGAUAAUUGUUACUGAUU